AUGUUCAACAGAAAGUACUUGCCAAAUCCGCUGAGAUGUUUUGCUUGGAAUACUCCAUGUCUGCGAGCGUUGGCUGAAAACCCUGCAGAUGGCUAUAUUCUAAGGAUUCCUGGACUAGAUACUUCGAAACUUGACCCAUUUGAAGUAGACUAUUUCAAGUUAGAUCAUGAUGGUUUGCUAUUUGAAACCAAGGAUACAAAGAUUUAUGGUCUAAAAAAUUUAAAUAUCGACGAGUUUAGCGCUGACGCAAAUAAUAGCACGUUACAAGUGAAAUUAAGUACAGAUGUGUACGUCACUGGUCGGUAUAAAUCUGACGGGUCCUUAUUCUACAUGCCAGUAAACGGAGAAGGAGAUUACUGGGCCUCCCUUAAAAACGUGGUAGUAGAUAUUUUUGCGCCAUAUAAUAUUGUUAGAGAUGCAAAUGGUGAAGAGUACAUAGAAGCAAAUGAUAAUUAUAAGUUCAGCUACGAGGUUAAGGAUAAUGCAGAAUUCCGCUUAGAUAAUCUUCAUUAUGGAUUUUCAGGGCUCAGUGAAGCGAUGCAAUACCUAGCGAAUGCGAACUGGAAGUAUAUAUCUUCGAAAUAUGUCAGUGAUUUUAUUGGGAAUGCCGUCGGCAACGUAGCAAAGUCACAAUUUAAGAGUCAUUUCCGGUUGGAGCGAGCCAAAUUUUUGGGUCAAGAUAAUAUAAAAAACAUAGAAAUAGAUGUUCUUGCGCCAUAUAAUAUUGUAAGAAAUGCAAAUGGUGAAGAGUUCAUAGAAACAAAUAAUAAUAAUUAUAAGUUCAGCUUCGAUGUUAAGGAUAAUGCAGAAUUUCGCUUAGAUAAUCUUCAUUAUGGAUUCUCAGGACUCAGUGAAGUGAUGCAUUAUCUGGUCAAUGCGAAUUGGAAGUAUAUAAUUUCGAAUUAUGCCGGUGCUUUUAUUGGGAAUGCCGCUGAAAACGUAGCAAAGUCACAGUUCAAAAUUUUAUCCGUACCAUUCAAAUGUCUUCUAUCGGAUGGACAGUGUUUGAAGAGAGAAGCACAGGCGGUAUUACCUCAAAUAUUUGAUGGAAUUCCUGCAAUAGGUUUGCCUCCACUUGAGCCUAUGUACAUAGACUUCUUUAGAAUAGAUAAAGAUGGUGUGCAAAUUAAUAUGACUCACUUGAAAGUUGAAGGAGUGAAAAGUUUGAUUAUUCAUGAUAUAAGUGUGGACAACACAAACUCGUUUCGCAUAUAUUUUCAUAUGAAAAAUAUGUCGAUAAAUGGAGCUUACAUAGCAAAUGGAUCGAUAUUAUCCACUUGUGUUGAUGGAGAGGGUGUUUUUGAGGCAAAAUUUAAGAAUAUUCAUGUCGAAGCGUUGAUACCGCUUGAAGUGGUAAAAACCAAAAGUGGUGUAACUUUUGGCGAAAUUAAAAUCAAUGAUAAUAAUUUUAAAUAUGAAGUAAAAGAGAAAGCAGAAUUUAAUUUUUCAGGCCUAUAUGAUACUGAUGACAUCGGUUUACGUAAAGCAGUACAGGAAAUCAAUGAUAAUUGGGAAUAUAUUACUUCGCAUUUGGUAGGUCCUUUAAUGAAUGUUGUCAUUCAUAAUAUAUUUAAGUCCAUACAAAUGUACAUGGAGUUGGAGCCUUUGAUAAAUUUAGUCAAUUUAAAUUGA